AUGUCUUCCAUUACCAGUGCCAUUCCCGUUGACAAGAGAGGAGGUCCUUGGAUUGAUCCGCCAUAUACACCUAAGAGAGGAGGUCCUUGGAUCGGUCCACCAUAUACACCCCUCCCCGAUUCAUAUCCAAUUGCUGAGAGAGGAGCAUAA